GUUACCGGGCACCGAAACAGAGGACUUACAAAGUAUGAUAAAUGGGACACGACAGCAGACAGCAUAGAACAGAGAAGUCCAGCCAUGAGUACUAUUGUGAGGCAGAUGCAGUAAGUCGCCUACGCUGCUGACCAAGUGCAGAAAAGAGGCCCAGGUGCCCCAGAAUGGAUCAGGCAUUCCCCAGCCAGAGCUCGGCUCCAGUCCAGCUGGAACCAGAUAAUGAGGAACUCCAGCUCAGAGUCAACUUCUUCAGGAAACUGGGUUACUCUUCGACAGAGGUGACGGCUGCCCUGAGGAAGCUGGGCUUAAGCACAGACACAAACUCAGUGCUUGGAGAGCUGGUUCGGUGCAGGGCCAGCACCGGACCCUCCAUACCCAAUCCCGAAUGUGAUGAGAGGAGCAUGGGCCAGACCGACCUGACGCCAGCUCCCAGUUGGGCUCUCAGACCCCAAAUAGACACUCCGCUACCAUCAUCGCAGCUGGAGGACAGAAGGGAUGCAGAGACUGAACUGAAACCCAUUGUCAUCGAUGGCAGUAAUGUGGCCAUGAGUCAUGGCAAUAAGGAAGUGUUCUCCUGCCGAGGCAUCCAGCUGGCAGUGAAUUUCUUCCUUGACAGAGGUCACACCAGCAUUACCGUGUUUGUCCCAAGUUGGCGCAAGGAGCAGCCCAGACCUGAUGCCCCCAUCACAGAUCAACAUGUCCUGAUGGAGCUUGAGAAAAAGAAGAUUGUGGUCUUCACCCCAUCACGUCGUGUUGGGGGUAAGCGGGUCGUCUGCUAUGACGACCGGUUUAUCGUCAAGUUGGCGUAUGAGUCAGAUGGCGUGAUUGUUUCCAAUGACACCUACCGUGACCUCCAAGGAGAGAGACCCGAGUGGAAGAAAUGCAUUGAGGAGAGGCUUCUUAUGUACUCAUUUGUAAAUGACAAAUUCAUGCCCCCAGAUGACCCCCUGGGACGCCAUGGUCCCAGUCUUGACAACUUCCUUAGGAAAAAACCUCUGCCUGUAGAGCAAAGGAGACAACUCUGUCCUUAUGACAAAAAGUGCACUUAUGGCAUCAAAUGUAAGUUCUACCAUCCAGAACGAGCAACCCACUCCCACCUCUCCUUGGCGGAUGAAUUGAGAGAGAAAGCUCGGAUAUCCACUCUAAAAGAGGACAAAAAUUCCAGAUCAUCACCAAGAGAUCCCCAAUCUGAUCUUGGCCCUGCUCAUAUCACCUAUACACAUCCUCUAGAAAUGGAGCACAGGCUGUCCCUGGAUCAGCACAUUUCCUUAAGCCCCUGUCAGGUUAGUGAGAACAAACUGUACUGGGAUGGAGCCAGAAUCAGUCAGAAUAAUGCAUCUGGUUCCACAACAGGAGGCCUGCAUCAGAAAGAGUGGCCUGGACAGCACUCCAUGUCCAAUCACCCUUAUGCCAGCAUCUCUCAUGAGUGCCUGGAUUCAGGCCUCGGCUCCUAUGAAAGCCAGUAUUCUGACAUUUCACACACUCUCAGCAACUCCCACAUGACGAGGCUCCAGCAGCAACCUGCUCCAAUUGGACCCAGAAACCCCUCCAUGCCUUUGGAGAGGAACAACAACGCCCCAUCUUGUAGGUGUUGUUCCCAUGUAGUGCCAUCUGCAGCUCACCAGCAACAUCAUAGUAACUCAAACUCCCGCUGUCAACACAGAUAUGAUACCUACCCUCCCCAUAUGUACCCUCCCAGUAUGCCACACCACUACAGCCUCCCCAGCCACCUCCAGUAUAGUGAACCCCACCAUCAUCAGCCAAAGUACUGGUCAGAUCCCUUCCAAGGGCUGCCCCGGGCCAGGACAUCUUGCAGUCUCCCCAGCUCCAGCCAUUCCUCACCCUCCCAUAGCCCUCACUACUCCUAUAGGGACCAUCAGUACCAUUCGUCCUGGGCCCAGCCACAGCCAUCUUCCACUGCCUGUGAUGAAGAAAAGUUGGAGCUCCGCAAGAAGCUGCAAGCCAUCUUCAACCCACAUGAGGUGGAUACAGUCAUGGAAAUGUUCCCACACCUGAUGGAUGCACAGAAAUUGGCAGCGGAGAUCCUCAACCUUAAGGCUCAGGGAGGGAUUUUCAGAUGACUCUUAUUUGCUAUUACUCGCCUAGUCUUGCCUUGUCUUGCAUCAAAUUAAGGACCUCAGUUAUAUCCAGCGUCAUUUUAUGAUAUCCAGUAUCUUAAAAAUCUUGUGAGAGGCUUCAGUAGUACGUAAAGUUAAAUGAUUUGGAAACAUAUGGCCAAGAUGUUUUUUGUUUUGUUUUGUUUUGUUUUUCAAAAAGGCAUUUCCCCAGAAAUUGUUCCACUGUACUGUAAUGUAAUGUGCCUUGAUGGAUAUGCAAUUAUGAUGUUAAUCUAUUCAUAACUGUAUACAUUUGUAUGACAUUUUAGUCAAAUUGGAUCUUGUCAUCCAUGUUGUGGGUGAAAAGUGUCUCUAGAUGACUGUCAACAGCCAUGUGACUGAGUUUCUAGAGUUUUGACUGUUGAUGCAUAUUGUGUCAAAUUUUAUUUUAUCUGCUUUCUGUGUACAAUUGAGUUCUCAUGCAAUAAGGAAUUACUGUAUCAAGUGGCACUUUUUUCUCAGUCGCCACAUUGUCAUUCUGCAGACGUGUGUCAGCACUUGCUUUUGCCAGUUUUAUAUCUCCAUAUAAGAUAAGCUACAGUAUGCUGUAUUUCAAGAGGAGUAUUUUAUUAGUAGUUUAUUAACCAGGGCUUUCAGUGGGUAUAAAUCUAGCAGAGGAUCCUAAUCAACAAGACAGCAUUUAAGUUUUACUUCAACCAGCAAUCUGACAACAGUACUGUGACGGCAGCAGAGGGAAUUUAUACAAUUCCAAAAUGCCAUCACCUCUAUCUGUAAAUGCAAUAUCAGUGCCUUAGAACAUCCUUUGAAUAAUUCAUGCUGUAAGCUAACAUUGCGGCACUGUACACAGGAAACUUCAGAUUGGAUACAUUUUAACAUUGUCCUUGUUGUACUGGACUGUCCAGUAAUGUUCAAAUGCUUCAAUAUUGGAAAGAAGCAUGUGUGUGUGUAGGCAGGUGUUCUUUGUAUUUCUCAGUAACGGCAUCCUGGUCUAACAGAAAUGUGAAAUCUAAAUUAAUAAAUUAAGGUGCUUCAUAUCCAGGUACCAAGAUUAAAUUGCCUUUAUGAAGACCUUAAGGUUUUGUCUUUGUUUUGGUUUUUGGUGAUGAGGAAAAAAGGAAAUAAGUUCUCAUGAACAUGCAGAUUUUUUCUAAGACACCAUUUGUAAGGGAAUAUGAUGCAGGUUUAUACGUAUUUACUGUAAACACUGAUGGAAAAUCAUGCUUGUAGAAAUAAAUAAAAUGCCUCAUGUCUCAAAUUGUAUGAAUCUACAUCAUAUAUGUUUAUACAGUGUAAACUAUCGGCACUAUAGCUUUUUGGUGGAUUUAAGAGAAAGUCCACUGAUUCAUCUACUUAUUUAUCAAGGUGAAUCAAGGAAAGAAUUUCAUAAUAGUUCUUUAUUUAGUAUGGUGGUGUUAUCUCAUGCUCUUAUACAAUAUGGUCCAAAUUUCACACCACACUAGCUUUGGAUACAUAUCAGAACAGGUUUGCCCUCCCACGCUCAGACUUGUCCCUUUUUUCUCAAAAAUGAGCAAUAGCCUAGGGAUUUUAAAAACACUGAGUUGUCAGUUCCAC